ACAUGUGUCGGAGUUAAUGCGGGGAUUUGGCAAAGUGCAAAUCCCAUUUCUGAAUCGCGCACUUUAAAACCAGCUAUUAAUGGGCAAAAUGAAUAAUUCCGUGAAAUAACUCACUGCUGCGGACCGAAGGAUUCCAAGAGAUAAUCUCACUGUAGCCUCUGCUAGUGAGUGGAGUGAAGAUGUGCGGGAGCGUGUGGGCGCCGCCGGCGCUGCUGGCUCUGCUGGUGCUGACGCUUGUGGUGCCCGGGGGCCGCUCUUGUCCCAGGAGCUGUAACUGCUACCAGGCCAGUGAGGUUCACUGCACCUUCCGCUCGCUGCUCACCGUCCCACCUGGGCUGCCUGCGCACACGCGACGAAUAAACCUGGGGUUCAACAGCAUCAGCAGAAUUCAUGGCGGUUCACUGGUCGGGCUGAAGCAGGUGGAGCUUCUGAUGCUCCACAGCAACGACAUCCACCAUCUUCCAGAUGGAGGGUUCAGAGACAUGAAGUCCCUGCAGAUACUAAAACUGAGUUACAACAAGCUUAAGGAGAUUUCUUCAUCGCUGACCUUCUCUGGCCUGACCUCGCUUCUGCGCCUCUACUUGGAUCACAACCUCCUGGACCACCUCCACCCACGAGCCCUGCUGCAGCUGCCCAGCCUCAGGCUGCUCCGCCUGCAGGGGAACAGGCUGCAUCAGCUGCACCCGCAGGCUUUGUGCACACUGUCCCUGCUGAACACAUAUUACUUCUCUACUCUCAGACAUCUGGACCUGUCCAACAACAGUCUAACCACUCUGCCUAAAGACACCUUAAUGAAAACGCCAAUGCUGGAGACCCUUGUGCUGCACACUAAUCCAUGGAGCUGUGACUGCAGGAUGAACUGGCUUCUUAAUUGGAGUCUGGCUCACCCAGGUUUAGUGAAAUGUCCAGGUGGCCCUCAGUGCCCAACAUGUGCCUCACCCAUUUCUCUCCAAGGGCAAGGCUUGCUCGAUCGGACGGACCUACCAUGCACCUCGCCUGUCAUCUCCUCAGCGGGAAGAGACACACCCCUGGAAACAGACCUUAGUGAAAUCCAGUCUUGUGAUGCCUUCAGAGACCCUUUAGGAGCUGCAUCUCUGAGUCUGUCUGACCAACAAGGAAACAGUGUUGAUUUGAGUUGCAACGUCACUCACUCCGACUCUCAGGAUAUCGCUCCUCUUCCGGAUCUCUCCUUGUCCACGUCUUCACCUCUCCCUCUCGCUCUGUCGCUCUCCUUGGAGUGCCCUGUGGAGAGACAGAGCUAUGAGAAGCUUUGGAGGAUUCUAGCUUACUACAGUGAGACGGCGGUUCGCCUCGAGAGGGAGAUCAUGCUGAGUAAAGCCCCGGCAUUAGCCUACCGCUACCAGCAGUCGGCGGAGACGGGCGGAUAUUAUCAUACUGGAGUCAAAGCUUCUGUUAAAGUCAGACCACAUUGGUUACUACAGCCAGCCAUCAGUAUCCAGCUGAACAGAGCACAGUCAAAUGCUCACAAAGUUCACCUCAUAUACUCCACUAGAGUUUCUGCUCAUUACGGCCCAACUUCUACUCCCCCUGCGUCCAGCUCUGUAACUCAUCCCUGGGUUCUUAUUUCAGCUAAUGAUACCAUCACAGCAAUAGCAGCAGUAGCUGGCAACGCCGUGGAGCUUCCAUGCCCUCACCUAAGUUCUGGUAAGCCCAAAGUACAGUGGAUUCUCCCAGAUAGAUCCAAAGUCCUCUUGUCCUCUGGCGCUCUGGAUGGUAGGCUCCAGGUCUCAGCCACUGGUUUAGCGAUACAAAAAGCAGAGCUCUCAGAUGCUGGAAUUUACUACUGUGUAGUCCAGGCUGGCAGGGAUGUAGAUGUUCUCCCUGUGCGCCUUGCAGUGGAGGAGUCCUCUGUUCCAUCUUUAGGAGUUCCAAUGGGACCCUCUGUAACCGGUGCAAUUGGGGAACCUGUCAGUCUGUCCUGCACGGCAUCUGGGUCCCCAGCACCUGUUAUACGUUGGGUGUUGCCAGACGGAAGUAUAAUAAAGAGGGGGUUAGCUGCAUCAAGAGGACUCACUGUACAAGCAAAUGGCACUCUCUUUUUGCAAAACCCUUCCCUAAGGGAUGCUGGUUAUUAUCUCUGCCUUGCCAUUAACCAGUAUGGGAAUGACUAUCUGUCCAUACAGCUGGAAUUAAAGCCGCAUCAACCCCCUCCACUUAGAACCUCCUUCCCCAGAGGACCACAGUCAGCCGCCGGCCGGUCAACCAAGAUACGAGCCCCUUUACGACAGCAGAUGGAGGAAGGAUCAGGAUAUGAGGAGGAAGAAGAAGACAUAACCCUGGUUGCCAGUAGGAAUCAUCCAAGACCUUUACAACCUCCUCCAAGUAAACAGUAUCCAAUGGGAAAAGCCAGAAGACGUGGGCCUGUGAGGGGUCGACCUAUACCAGCCACUGACCAGAGAAGAAACCGGUUUGACAGUAGACAUAGAGCCACACCCAACAAAAAAAGGAUAGACCCUAAGAAAUGGGCAGAUCUCUUGGCUAAGAUUCGUCAGAAGACUCACACUAAUAGCAGUAGCCAGCCUAGCAUCAGUGGAAAUCCCACAGCGAAACCAGUGGGGAGAAGCAAAGACACAGAAAAACAUGAAGCAGCAGAUAAUACAGAGAGAGAUACAACAGAGGGAGCAAUGGAGGAAACAGACAGUGAAGGUUCGUCUGUUGAUGACACUGUUUUACAAGAGGAAGGCCUUCAGCCAAUUCACGCUGUUCUCAAAGAAAUCCAGACACAAAGAGAAACUAAAACAGAGACAGAAACACAGCCAGAGAAAAGCACACACAUACAGACACAGGACCCACGUUCACAGACAGAAUCCAUGACAGUGACCCUUACACCCAAGCCCAUGCCUGGAAAAAAUGAAAUUAUCCCAGAGGAUAUAAUCCAACCUGCCAAUCGCCAGGAACUCCUUCCUAAUUUAGUUCCAAACUCUCGACCUCAGAGACCUUGGAAUUCUCGAAGAAGGAUUGAACAACGAAGACGAAUAAAUCGGCCCAGAGUUAAACCUUUGACCCCACAUCGACCUCUCCCUGACCCCACUAACCCAACCCACCACACUCAAAAUGUGACACCUAUCAGAAUCACGGAUCAAACAUUGAUUAUGUUAUCAUUAACAACAAAAACCACAUCUCCAGCUAUUUUGUUGAGUACAAGUGAGUAUAUUAUGCCUCCUCCAAGUAGUGUGGCACCUGAUCCAUUGUCUUCCCCUGGUUCUCACACGGUUGGUAUUGUUAAACCCGCCUCCCCCUCGCUGGCUCCCCUCACCUCCUCCUUCCCAUCAUUAUCCCCCUCUCACACAAAGACACAUACAGACAUGGUGACACGCUCAUCCGACAUCGCCGACACUGCAGAAUCCACACUUUUCAACGCGCCGACACCGGCGCCCACUUACUCCGAUGAGGUUAUUUCCUCAACGCUUGUGCCAGACACACGUGCCAGUACAUUCACACACGGGAGGCACGCACACACACAAACACACACAGCCUUGGGCAAACAGACUGCUAGAUCCCCAGGCAAACACACUGAGGAGGUUGGUGUACUCCAUGCACCUCCCUCCACUACAGUCUCUGAUGCUCAGUCCUCUACUACAAAAGUCACAACUCGCUCUACUACUCUUACAAGCACUCGUCUUACUACAUCUACUGGAAGUACAGCUACUAUUAGUGCUAAUCCAAUCACUUCUACAAUUAUUGUUAUACCUACCACAGUCUCUACUACUACUACUACUACCACAACUACUGCUACCCCCACUGUUUCUCCAAAGAACCGUUUUACUAUCACCAGUUCUAAAACACCUACAAAAACUAUUGCGUCUACUGAUACAACUCCUACCACUAGAGUGACCACCUCAUCCAAAACGUCUCCAGCCACUACUAGGACAACUGUUUCUAUUCUACCUACUACUGUCACCACAAGUACAAAAGCAUCUUCCAGACAGGGGUCAAACGUUAGCCAAACCAACCUGACCAAGCCUGGUUCUGCAGCUCCAAAGCAGAGUCGACCACCUACCGAAUGGAAAAACCCUGGAGCCAAUUCAAUUCCUGAUUCACACAACAGCAGGCCACAGACCCCUUCACACUCCGCUGUCCCCUGGGCUCCGGUUGUGAGAUCAAGACCAAGGAUUGCAGACCCACACAUCCGGGCGGCAUCUUUCCCAGCAGAGAGCUCUGCCAGACUGGCCUGUGAGGCUCGAGGGGAACCGAAACCCUCUAUCACAUGGACCAAGGUUGCCACAGGAGCAGUGAUGUCAAUCCACUCCAGGGCUCAGCGUUUUGAAGUCUUGCCAAACGGCACCCUUGUUAUCCAGAAUGUUCAGCUGCAGGACAGGGGCACAUAUAUCUGCAGCGCACACAACUUUCUGGGUCGUGACAGGUUGCUAACAACCCUAGAAGUGUGGACCCGCCCCCCUCGGAUGCAGCUGGUGAGCUACAGAGAAGUUACGAUCCACCAGGGUGGAGAGCUGCUCCUGCAGUGCCGGGCGGACGGUGUUCCCACCCCCACGUUGUCCUGGGUCCUGCCUGAUCGCUCUGUUGUGACCACUGCCUCCCGUCCCGACAGUCACGUCGCGAUGGACACAAAUGGAACCCUCCGUAUCUCUGUAACUUUACCUAGUGACAGAGGGGUGUAUCGCUGUGUGGCGUCCAACUCAGCCGGGGCCGCCAGCUCCUCUGUGCGGGUUCACGUAUCCUCCUUACCCCCGGUGAUACAGCAAGCCAAGGAGGAGCACGAGCGGUUGCCCCCAGGGAGGCCUUUUUAUGCCCACUGCUCUGCCCGAGGUGCCCCACCGCCAACUCUGCGCUGGCAGAUCCCAGACGGGACUCUGGUCCGUCCGUCCCAGUUUCUCCACGGCAACCUCUUCGUCUUGCCCAAUGGGACGCUGCAUAUUCGAAGAGUCGGACCAAAAGACUCGGGGAGCUACGAGUGCAUGGCGAGUAACGCUGUGGGAGCCGAUAAGAGGACAGUGAAGGUGGAGGUUGAAGAUGGAGCAAAUGGAGCAAUAAAUGGGAAGGGUGAAGGAAAAGAAGAGACAAAAGCCAGUGUUACUGAAAAAACAAUUUCUUCGCUCAAUAAAAACAAAUCACUGUCCAUCCCUAACUACCUGUCAAACUCAUUCAACUCAGCAGACCCCUCCCCUCCAUUAUCUUCCGAUAGAUCCAGGAACUGGCCACUCACACCGAGCUCCUCUUCUAACCGUCACCAACCCAAUUCAGCAAACCCACUUCUGAAAAUAAAUAAAACUGUGCCUCUCACCUACCUGUACAUAAACAAUAACACUAAGAAGGUUUUGCCUAAUAUUGCAAACAACACAACCUCUGACAAAAGUACAGCUUCAGAUGUGUUGCAACACUUACCUAACUCCCAUUUCAGUAAAGCACGUAUUGUCUCAACAUCACCCUCCGUCACUAUCGUCCAAUAUGGAGGAAUUCUACAGCUUCAUUGCUCCGUGACUGGAAACCCCUCACCCAUAAUCAUUUGGAGAACCCCCAACAGGAAGCUGGUGGACAAGCACUUCAGCUUCGAUCGCCGUCUGAAGGUUCACCCCAACGGCAGCCUGUCAGUGCAGGCAGUAACGGAGAAGGAUGCGGGAGACUUCCUCUGCAUCGCACGCAACAAGGUCGCAGACGAUUAUCGCCUCAUGCGUGUGUCUGUGGUGACUAAGCCUGCAAGGAUUGAACCAAAACAGCCAGUCACUCAGAUGGUGCCACUCGGCAAAGCGUUGAAGGUUGACUGCCAGGCAUCAGGUCUACCUGACCCAGAUGUUCGCUGGAGUCUUCCAGAUGGAACCAUGGUGAACAGUGUGUUGCAGGGGGAAGACAAAGGAGGGCGAGCACGGAGGCUAACUGUGUUUGAUAAUGGGACGUUACUGGUUCCAGCAGUGGGCGUGGGAGAGGAAGGGGAGUACACGUGUUAUGCUGAGAAUCAAGGAGGUCAGGACACCAUGAAGGUGAAAGUGAAGAUCAUGGCGACGUCUCCACCAGCCUUUAGUGAUGACAGAGUCUACCGUGUCAUCAAAGUUCGCCAGGGGUCAACAGCUGCAAUUCGCUGUCAGGUCACAGCAGACGCUGCCACGUCAAUAACGUGGUUUUCUCCAGCUCACCGCGUCAUCCCACAAAUUUCAGCCGCUGGAUAUUAUUCCACGCGCGUCGCGGUGGUUCCAAGUGGAACUCUGGAAGUGCGUCUGGCCCAAAAGACUGAUUCGGGAAACUAUACCUGUCGAGCUAGCAACUCGGCCGGGGAGCGGGGCAUGGUGGUGGGCCUGGAAGUGGAAUCCCCUACCUACGAACUGGGUGGGCAGGUGGGAGGGAGAACCUGGACUAUAAGCAAUGGCUCCACUAAUAGCAGAUCAGGGGAAAACACGGUUAAUAAUGCAGGUACGAUCAAGUAUAAUCAAGUAGUUUCCUCCAGUGGAGACAGACACAAGCAGGGCAGCAGCAGUGGAUAUGGUAAUAAUGGCUGGACAAGACACAAUGUACCAAACAAUGGCAUUAACAUAGAAAACAGAGGUUCUAAUCCUGCUCUAAGGAUUUACAGUCAGAAUCAAUUCAACAGGCCCGUUAGUGAGAGCACAGCGCCAAGCAGCAGCAGUGGCAUCAGGGCUAGGCUGAGCAAUAUAGGCAUUAGGGCUGGUGACACUGGAGAGAAUAGAAAUGGAGCCGGCAUUGUGAGUAGUCGCAGUAAUAGCGUGGCUAACAGUCACAGCCAAGUUAGGGGGGACGGUAUUGAACAGAAUCCUGGGAGUAAGGAGAGUGAAGUUAUUGUGGGAAAGGCUAAUGAUAACGCCAGCAGAGACCAGACAAAGAUAGGCGGUGUUUCUCCAAAUGAUGGACCUGGUAGCAGUGUGCAAAAUAGUGGAGGUGGCACUGGCACACCGUCAAGAAACGGCUUCAGCAUUAGAAGCAGUGCAGGAUUGCCCAACAGAGUUGGGAAAAACUCUACUAACGCUGCCGAGGGUGUGGUGAUGACGUCCAAGCAGCGAGCGGUGAAGGGCCACACUGUUCUCCUGCACUGUCCCUCUGAAGGCUCCCCUCCCCCCCGCCUGUCCUGGGUUCUGCCCGGUAACGGCGUGCUGCCCGCUCCGUACUACGGCAGCCGACUCACCGUGCACCGGAACGGGUCCCUGGAGCUGCGGGGGCUGCGCUCGACCGAUGCCGGGCCUUUGGUAUGCGUGGUGCGCGGUGAGAUGGGGGAGCAGAGGACCAGGGUGGAGCUGGAGGUCUACGAGCCACGGGAGGAGGCCGGGUCAUCUGACGGAGGAACAGGGGCGGAGAGGACUGUGCAGAAAAAUCUUGGUUUAAGUGAGACACAUCAAUCAGGACAUCUUUCAGCUCAGUCCCUAAGCCCACGAACAGCAUUACCUGGGGUUCACCCAAGAGUCCCAAUUACUCAACAUCCUCUGCAGAAAGUCCUUAGUUUCCCUUCUGCGCCUCAGCCUGUUGAGCCUCCACCUCGCUCUGCACCUCAGCCAUCAGUGAGCACCAGAAAUGCCCCCUUGGUGAGCAUUGUUAACGGUGAGACCCUACGUCUGCCUUGCCCCGCUCCUCAAACCUCCGCAGACGCCAGGGGUUCCCUCACAUGGACCACGCCAGGUGGCAAAGUGCUGACGCCGAGUGAGAGAAGCGACAGACAUCAGGUACAAGAGGAUGGAACGCUGACAGUGCAUCAGGCCUCCGUGUUCGACCGCGGCACCUACACCUGCACAUCCACCAGCUGGGACUCCUCUUCGGUCUCACUGGUCACAGUUCCUGUGAUCAUCAUCGCGUACCCUCCUCGUAUCACAGCAGGACCCUCCCCUCUGACCUACACGCGACCCGGGAUCGCUGUGGAGUUACCCUGCUUGACCAUAGCAACACCCCAGGCAACCGUUACCUGGGAAACUCCAGACCUGACUCAACUAAAGGUGACGGGUCAGGCUCGUAUCUAUGGCAACUACUACCUUAAACCUCAGGGUUCCUUGAUAAUACAGAAGCCGACAAGUAGGGAUAUGGGAUUUUACAGAUGCACAGCUAAAAACCUAAUCGGCGUUGACACCAAGGUGACCUACCUGCAAGUUAUAUAGCAGCAAAAAACACACAAACAUGCAGCGGAAAGUAAUGUGCUUAAUGAACUGCUCUGAUGUUCUCGUGCCCAAAGGAACUGCAAACCUCCAUGCAACAGAUACAGAGUCUCAGAGAUAAAGCCAUGACUGACACAAUACAUGUCUCAUGCUUUCUAAUGAUUCUGAGUCAUGACUCAAAUCUUUGUCUUUACAUCAUAACAUACUGUAUGUUAAGGAAUGGCUGGUGUGACAUGAUGCUCAGAAUACACAUCCACAUUCAGAUACUGUACAUAAAAGAAACAGCACAUUAGAUGUUACAGCAAAUACUGUUUAGUAAAAAAACAUCAACACCGGCCAGCUGCAUUAUAUUUGUGUGUGUAAAUGCAUUUUGGACCAGGAAAAUACAGUAUAAAAUGCACAAUGUCACUAUGACAGUCUUGUGUGGUCUAAUAUAAAAAUAUGAUUUUUAUUUAUAAACCUCUCAUGUAACAGGUGGAUACUUUUUAUUUAGGUUCUUAUUGUGUGUAGCCAAUAACUCAAGUUGGAAGCCCUCAGGGCAUUGUAUAGACUGUAACACAAGGUUGGAAUUAGGACCCACACUUUCCAAAUCCUGUUCCACCUCCACUGACUGUACGAAGUGUGGUAUUAUUCAUUUAACACACUAUCUAAUUAUUAAGAGUGAUCUUUGGACUUGAUAUACUGUAAACCCUGUGUAAAUAUGUUUGUGUGACUCAUGACACUCUCGUAAAGCUUGUGCACAAUGACAGUAGCUCCUAGUUCUUAUGUUCCCAUUAUCUUUGCGUUUUGUCCUUAAAUUAUUGCUACUGUAAGACAUAUUUCACCACAAGUUGAGAAAUUUUAAAUAUUAUGUCUGGGCUUGAAUGGCCCCAGUAAAUGUCUGCUAUAUUUUUCACAGCUUUAUUUUACAAAUAAAAUGAAAAACAA